AUGUCCGCAGCAACAACGAGAAAAGGUAAAGUAUUCGUCGUCGGAACGAACGAAGUCAUAACAUCUGCAGCCGUGACGGCAAUAUUGUGCGGCGAAGGACGCGAAGACGACGACGAGCGCGUAUCGAGAGACGAAAUCGACUCGACUCCAAAUCCAGUGAAUUGGUCGUUACGCACUAGGUAUUACGAGGCAGAUUUAGAAAUCCAUCAUCACAGCAUAACGAUUGAAACAACCGAUGGUGAUGAUGUCCGCGACGACGAAGAAGAUGAUGAAAGCAGAGGCGCGACGAUAAAAAACAAAAAGACGCAAAGAAUUUUGACCUUAGCAGAAGCGAGCGAGUUUAGCGCAGUCGUCAUGGCGUGUAAGUGCGAUAACGCGGUCGACUUUUCUUUGUUAAAAGCGUACGUAGAUUCAAACAGAGCGGUGUUUUCGAACUUGAUAGCCGCGGUGGAUGGAGAAGAAGUCGACGCGACGCGAUUGCUUCUAGUUGAUGGCACCGAAGAUAUCGACAGCGCAGAAGUAAAUCCAUUCAUAACGCAAUGGUGCUUACUGAAUAAUAUUGAACCCGUUCGAGUCUCCUUGCUCUCUAGAAACGCCGACGAUACGCUGCGAGAGGUUGGACAGCGAUUAGGGGAUCCGCAAGGCGUUCAACGAGUCGUCGACGCGCUUUCAGCGACGAAAUGGCCCGGUUUAAUUUUAAGCAACACCGCGGGAGGAGGUAAUCAAGACGCGGCUACGAGGAGUGUUCGGAGCGAAUCGACGGAAGCGGUUGAAAUUGAUUCAGACGAUGAUCUCGAUUUCAUACAGAUGCGAGACCGCCGCGCCGAAAACGGGAAAACACCGUCCUCGAGUGGAAGAGGGGCGAGCGCAUCACGGAACAGGAGCAACGACAACAAUAAGAAGAAGAACAACAACGGUAUAGAGAAUGAUAUUGAUGAAGACGAUCUUUCGUUUCUCGGAGCCGACAGCGAGCUCAUAUCGAAAAUAAAAGCCAUAUCUGAACGCGCACAGAGAGGAGCAGGAGACAUGUCAAACGAGGAGAGGAGGGAAGCGGCGUUUUCGGCCAUCGAAGAGUUGAUGUCAGCCUUUAAAGACUUGGAUCCAUUGCAGGAAUUUAAUCCACUUCCAACGUCAGAAGAAGGAAUGCGGAGAGAGAUAGAAGAGGUCGCAGGUAGUUUUAACAUGCACAGUGCUGGUCGCGAUUAUGAGGACGACGACGACGACGAUGCGAGCAGCAGUUAG